AGGACGGCCAGGCAGUCACGCCAGCCACCGAUCGACUCUGUGGGGAUGGAAUUACUGCAGUGUUUGUGCCGUCCUAUGUAUUAUUUCUGGAGUCAUCAGUCCCCUUGUAGCGCCUCGCUUUGUGUCUCUCGCUUUCGUCUUUCUUCCUUUUCCUCGGUCGUCUCUCCUGGAGAGAUCUCUUUCUCGACCACCCUUCUGACAUCAGAUACCUGUCGUGACCUGGUUUGCGUCUGUAGGCAGAGAGCAUUGUGGGAAAAGCUCCAGAGGUGUUGCUGCGCAGUGCCCCUCUCCAUGGGGUCCCUGAUUCUGUCGUCGCUCGGUUUCGCUGUCAUCUUUUCAUCGCCGGCGAUCUCUUUGGCUUCGCUCGAAAUGUUUUUGUGUCCUCGCUUUCCGUCGAUUCGUCUCUUUUUGCGAGUGACCUUUCCUGCCUAUUUUUAGAAGUCUUCCUUUUGUCAUCUGCCUCUCUGUUACCCCUUUCCUUCCAUGUAUUCCUGCAUGGCCGUGCUCUACUUUCACACACCCCGUCUUGUCCUACAUUUCCAUGCCUCUCUACCCUAAUCCUCUUUUCUUUGCCUUACAUUCAUUGCUUUAACUGCCUCCGCAGGGCAACUUUCUGCUAUUACAGAAUGGAAUUACCAUAUCCCCUGGACUGUUACGGUGCUCAAACGGUGGUCUGACCAAGAGGGAAAAGACCCUGGACUUUGCCAUAAAAAGCGGUUGGCAUACUUUUUCUUGCGGAAAAAUGACUGGAAUCCAGACUACUGAUUUGUAUCAGUGAGCGUGUUUCUUCUCGUGUGUCCUACCUUCGGUUUUUCAACAGCAUGAGUUUUUGCAAUAUAUCUGUUGAACCCGACUACUCCUCGGGAAGUGGCUGUACUGUUGUCCACAGUUUGUAAGGUCCCGCUUGAUAACAAGGUGUACGGUCAUUGCUCUACUGAGGCUUAGGGGAACUGUGCUUUACUCAAUGCCUUGUUAUUCAAAUUCAGAUUUUUGGAAAUAAUGGAUUGAUGAUUGAUUACUCGUGCUUGCUUGGAAGAUGUGCAGGCGUUUAAAUAGACCUUGGCUCCUUGAGAGUCCUGAUAUCGAAGUUUGUUGACAUGGGUUUAUCAGUUUAACACUGAUUACUGACCUGCUUUCGUUUUCUGAACGGAAAUAACUUGGGUUGGUAAAACCGUUAGUGUAAAACCUACAUCCUUGUCUAUUGGAUGGCGUAUUUCCUUCACAACCAAAGUUAUUUUACAGACGAUAGUCUUCUAACUCUCUGCCCAGGAUGCGCCACUGGCAUAAUUCUUCCCUGGGAUAUGGGACAUAUUCUGGACAUUAUUCUGCAGCCAAUUUCAAACAACUUUCUGAAACAUAGGCUAUCAACUUUUGGAUUUUUCUAAGACAACUUUGUCUAAGAGCAUUUAGGGGGGCUUUGCGGACUAAACAACUGAACUUCAUCGCUCGGUGUGACUAUCUGGACUCCUACCACUGCAUUAUGUGUGGUGGGCCAACGUUUUUUUUGGCUGGCCUGGUCAGCAAUCACCAAAUCCUUGGCUUAUGCGGCUGUUUGAGUGGGGCUGUAGUGUCUGGGCCUCGUGGCUAGCCACGGGACAGCUUGUCCUGCAGAACCCAUGGAGGGCAGGGGCUGUAUCCCGCUCUGUUGGAGCAAAGGGGCAUGCAUCUAUGACCAGCACCCCCUGGCAAAAUAUGACGGCCAGUUAGCCCCAAAGGAGACCCCAAAGUCUGACAUGGCGUCGUCCUCCUACCUGGAGACCGGCCGCAGCCACUCAGCGGCCGCUGGUUGCGGGGUCAAGUCCCGGUCGGGCGCCGCCGGCGUGGGCGCUGGGGGGGGCGGCGGCGGCCCGGCGGGGGCGCUGGAGCGGCCCGUUGGCUCCAUGGACCGCGUGCUGAAGAUCUACCACUACUUUGAGACCAACAGCGAGCCCUCCACCUGGGCCAGCAACAUCAGGCACGGGGACGCCACGGACGUCAGGGGCGUGAUCCAGAAGAUAGCUGAGAUCCACAAGCUGCGCUGUGUGUCCUCGCUGGGUCUCCGCCUCGCGCACCUACGCUCCGACGCCAUGCACUGGCUGCACCCCGACCUGGGCGUGUCUCACGUCAGGGAGAAGUACGAGAAACAGCACCCCCAAGAGGAGUGGAGGUACGAGUUGCGAAUGAGGUAUCUCCCCAAAGGCUAUCUCAGCCAUUUCUCGGAAGACAAACCAUCUCUUAACUACCUCUACCACCAGGUGAAAAGCGACUUCAUGCUCCAGCUGGCCGACCACGUGGAUCAAGAUGUUGCUUUAAAACUCGGCUGCUUAGAGAUCAGGAGGUUCUUCAGAGAGAUGCCCGGAAACGCCCUCGAUAAAAAGUCAAACUACGAACUUCUUGAAAAGGACGUGGGUUUAAGGAGGUUUUUCCCCAAGAGCGUCUUGGAAUCUCUCAAGGCCAAAACGCUGAGGAAACAAAUCCAGCAGACCUUCAAGCAGUUUGCCAACCUCAACGACGAGCAGAGCAUCCACAUGUUCUUCGAGAUUCUCUCUCCCAUCUACCGCUUCGACAAAGAGUGCUUCAAAUGUGCUUUGGGGUCUAGCUGGGUCAUAUCAGUAGAGUUGGCCAUCGGCCCAGAAGAAGGAAUCAGCUACCUCACAGAUAAGGGUUCAAUGCCUACCCACCUCGCUAACUUCACCCAGGUACAGUCCAUACAGUACUCGGCCAUGGAGGAGAAGGACCGCAAGGGCAUGCUGCAGCUAAUCGUAGCGGGGGCACCGGAACCUCUCAUAGUCACCACCACGUCGCUGACCACAGCAGAAAACAUGGCGGACCUCAUUGACGGCUAUUGUCGCCUGGUCUCCUCUCUGUCUCACUCCUUCAUCGUCAGGGUCCAAAAAGAGGGGGACAGAGCGCUACCUUCAAUCCCCAACCCCAAAGUGUCCAACCAUGAGAAACGCAUGGAGAAGCGGAUGGACGGAGUAAGGACCAGAGCGGUGUGCGUCUCGGAAACAGACGACUAUGCUGAGAUCAUCGAUGAAGAGGACACCUACACCAUGCCGUCCAAAUACUAUGGACUAGAACAAGCGCGGGACUACGAGAUCCUCCGGGACUGCAUCGAGCUGGGGCGCUGCAUAGGAGAGGGACAGUUUGGGGACGUGCACCAGGGCGUCUACGUCAGCCCGGACAACCCAGCUCUGUCGGUGGCCGUGAAGACGUGUAAGAACUCCACGUCGGACAGCGUCCGGGAGAAGUUCCUCCAGGAAGCUUUAACCAUGCGGCAGUUCGACCACCCCCACAUCGUCAAGCUGAUGGGCGUGAUCACGGACAACCCCGUGUGGAUCAUCAUGGAGCUCUGCACCCUGGGGGAGCUGCGGUCCUUCCUGCAGGUGAGGAAGUACAGUCUGGACCUGGCCACUCUCAUCCUGUACUCCUACCAGCUCAGCUUAGCCCUGGCCUAUCUGGAGAGCAAGCGUUUUGUACACAGGGACAUUGCAGCGCGGAACGUUCUGGUAUCCACUAUAGACUGCGUGAAGCUUGGAGACUUUGGUUUGUCCAGAUACAUGGAGGACAGCUCUUACUACAAAGCUUCCAAAGGUAAACUGCCUAUUAAAUGGAUGGCACCAGAGUCCAUUAACUUCAGGAGGUUCACGUCGGCCAGUGAUGUCUGGAUGUUCGGCGUGUGCAUGUGGGAGAUCCUCAUGUACGGCAUCAAGCCCUUCCAGGGCGUGAAGAACAACGACGUGAUUGGCCGGAUAGAGAACGGCGAGCGUCUGGCCAUGCCCCCCCAGUGCCCGCCCACGCUGUACAGUCUGAUGACCAAGUGCUGGUCGUACGACCCCGGCAAGAGGCCCCGCUUCACCGAGCUCAAGGCCCAGCUCAGCACCAUCCUAGAGGAGGAGAAGGCCCAGCAGAAGGAGAGGAACCGGAUGGAGAUGAGGCGGCAGGUCACCAUGUCAUGGGACUCAGGAGGCGCAGAGGAAGCCCCGCCCAAGCCGAGCCGGCCCGGUUACCCCAGCCCACGCUCCAGUGAGGGGUUCUACCCGGGCCCCCAGCACCAGGGCCACUACCAGAUGUCGGGGUACCCGGGCCCCCACACGCUCCCCUCGGUGCCCAGUGCCCUGUACCCGCCGCCCGCCGCCCUUCUGGACACGCACCACGCCCACACCCACCCCCGGCACCACGUCCACUCCCACGGCCCGCACCUGGGCCCCCACCUGGGCCCGGCCCACGGGGCGGACAUGGCCCUCUGGGGCUCCGGCCUGGAGGACCCUGCGUUAGACAUGCUGCCCUGUGUGGGCCAGCCGUGCCUCCUACGGGAGGACCAGCUGUUGAUUCAGCAGCAGCAGAUGGAGGACGACCGCAGGUGGCUGGAGCAGGAGGAGAGGCUGCUGAAGCCAGACACCAGAAGCUCUCGUGGAAGUCUGGACCGAGAGGACUCCGGACUGCAACCACCGACGGGGAAUCAGCACAUCUACCAGCCGGUUGGAAAGCAAGAGCAUGCAGCCCCCCCCAAGAAGCCUCCCCGACCUGGAGCUCCCGGACACCUUGGGAGCCUGGCAUGUCUGAGCUCUGGGGAUAGCUACAACGACGGGCUCAAGCUGCAGCCCCAGGAGAUCAGCCCCCCCCCCACCGCCAACCUGGACCGCUCCAACGACAAGGUGUACGAGAACGUGACGGGCCUGGUCAAGGCCGUGAUCGAGAUGUCCAGUAAGAUCCAGCCGGCGCCCCCGGAGGAGUACGUCCCCAUGGUGAAGGACGUAGGCCUCGCGUUGAGGACACUGCUGGCGACAGUGGAGGAGACUUACCCUCAACUCCCUGCCUGCACACACAGAGAGAUCGAGAUGGCCCAGAAGCUGUUGAACUCUGACCUGGCAGAACUCAUUAGCAAGAUGAAGCUAGCCCAGCAGUAUGUGAUGACCAGCCUGCAGCAGGACUACAAGAGGCAGAUGCUGACGGCCGCACACGCCCUCGCCGUCGACGCCAAGAACCUGCUGGACGUGAUCGACCAAUCGCGGCUCAAGAUGAUGUCGCUGGCCCGUCCGCACUAGCCCCCGCCCUCUU